AUGAGUUCCAUAAUGGACGAAUACCUCGACAAUGGUCUGGAUAACGACGAUAUCUUCCCCUGCAAGGGCUGCGGAGAGAUACUAGAAGAAGGCAAAGCGUUCGAACUCGCCGGCAAUCGAUGGCACAUCAACUGCUUCCGCUGCCACACCUGCAAGACUCUGCUCGACUCCGACGCUAACCUUCUCCUCCUCGGCGAUGGCUCCCUCGUCUGCAAUAACUGUACAUACAGCUGCGGCGCCUGCGGGAAUCAGAUCGAGGAGCUUGCUAUCCUCACCGGUGACCAGUCCUUCUGUGCUACUUGCUUUCGUUGCCGCAACUGCAAGCGCAAGAUUGAGAACCUACGUUAUGCCAAGACGUCACAGGGCAUAUUUUGCAUGAGUUGUCACGAGUCUCUCAUGGCAAGACGCCGGAAGAAAUCCAAGGCCGCCGCCCAAUCGAAGGCUCGCGAAAAGGACGCAUCGCCCAUGAUCACUGACAAGUCCCUGCCUGCCUUACCGCCCAACGCAAUCCCUCCCAACGCCUUCUCCGAUACCCGGGUUGAUCCCGAUUCCGACACCCCCACCGAGCUAUCUCCUAGGCCCCGGCCCGCUUACAAGAACGAUUCCUCGUCGAGGAGCAGCUCCAGGCCUGCGCGGUCUCCCGAGCGACCUUCGGAGCCCAACGCCAAGGAGACCGGGCCGGGCCUGUCUUCGAGUAAUUAUCGAGCGAAUCGUAACUCGACCAUGAUCGUACCGAGCAACGCAAGCGACACCAACGGGGGCGAAGCCGAUGGCGGUUUCUUCAUCCCUGUUGCCCUGGACCCCACCCCUUCUUCCACAGGAACCCCCCGCUCCGUGUCCGAUAACUUUGGCGAUCCCGCCAAAAGGAGGGAGAGGGACUACUUUGACAUACCGGCAACUGGCUCUAGCUCCGAGACGAGGUCCGCUUCCCAAGCAUCUACCCCGCACAUUGCCUUCCAGAAUCGGGGGCUUCAGCCGCCUGCAGAUCUGGAUCACUCUAACAAUUCACACCGAAAACCGCCCAAGCCUCCGAGACAAGAGCCGACCCCACCCCAGCGGUCGACGCCCAACCUCGAUGAAAGAACCCUACGGACUACCGUCACGAGCAAGCCGCAGCCGGGCCAGGAUGACUUCAAGCUACAGGAUGCCCCGAAGACCAAAAGGUCCUCUCCAGGCGUUAGAGGCCAUGCACCUUCGCCGAGCCAACAGCAAACAGAAGGCGGAAGUGAUAACGGGCCCAACGGGUCCUGGAGAGGAGAAAGAGACGGGAAGUCUCCUCCGCGUCUCGACACAGGAGACGGUACUACGUCCCGAACCUCGCAAGACUCGCGGUUCCGGGACGAAGAUCCAGCCCCUCGGCCCUCCACGGAUUCCCAUUCCACGGCCACAUCCCGCCUAGACAACACCACCAAGUCCAUAGCAAGAAAGGAACUCCCCCCCAGCGCUUCUCGUCUCCCCGCCGCCGAUCAGAAAAAGCCCAGCGACACCUACAUGCAACCGCGAGCGCCGCCGCCGCCGCCGCCUCCGCCAUCGGGUGCUGGUGCCGGCGCGGGCGCGGGCGCGGGCCCUUUCACUCCAGGAAGGGAUGUGCCCGGAUCUGCUGCAGAUUCCAAGGGCGAAAAGACCUCUCCCAGCCUACCUCGGUGGAGCGCUGGCGGCGACUUCACCAUGGACGAGGACAUGGCACGCAUCCUCGGGACGGACGAGGGUUCCUCCUCCAUCUUGCGGCGCGUAUCUAACGCGGUCCGCCACGGUCGUACGAACAGCACCGAUAUGGGCUAUUCGCAGAGUCGGGGUGGCGGACACGCCAGAAGUGUCAGCGAGACCACUCGCGGCACCACAUCGCCCCGUUGGCCCAAGACGCCCGUGGUCAUGGAGGGCCAUGCUAGCAGCCAAAGUCACGACAUGAGCAGCCCCAUCUCGCUCCACUCGAGUGAUGACCCUGCCUUCCUCAAGCGUCAGCUGCGCAACUCCGAGCAGAGGGUCGCGGAGCUCGAGAGGCAGUUCACGAAUGAGAAGGACCUCAAGAACCUCAACAGGAAGUUGAGCGAGAAGAGGACGGCGGUCUCGGUUUUGGAUACGCAAAACGAGCUCAUGAUCCAACAGAUCCAGGCUCUCGCCCGGUACGCGGAGAAGGCGAAGGAGAGGAAGACGCCGAUCGACCCGCGGGACCUGCAGGACUUCGUCAUCAAGGACUUCGUCCAGAAGCUCGAAGAAGUGAGGCAGUCGAUGAGCGAGUCCAUUGAGCGGCUCCACCAAGAGCGAGACAAGGUCGUCGAGGAGAAGAACAGAGCCACAGCCGACCGAGACCGCGCCCUUCUCGAGUUCGAACAGCUGUCCUCUAAGAACGCGCAGCUGGCGGACAUGAAUAACGAUCUGACGCACCAGAUCCAGGAGCGGUUCAAGUCGCAAAUUGGCAGCCACCCCGACCUCAAGUCCCCCGGCGGCCUCGGCAUCUACACACAGCAGAAGGGUACAUCGGGCUCGUCGGUGAACCUGGGGGAUGCUGCGAGCGUCAACACGGCGACGACGCUCAUCGCCCAAGACCACGACGAUUCCGUCAUGGAGGCCAGGCCGACGGUGGUGGACAUCAGGAAGGGGCAGGCAAGAAAGUUCAACUGGAAGAAGGGAUCGAAGACCAUGGCGCAGAACGUGGCCAAGGGCGUCAACCGAGCGGUAGUGGCCUUCCAGCAGGAACGAGACGGCCGACACCAGCAAGGCUUGUCAGGGGACACGAUCGGGCUGCCUUACAACAUGACGGUGGCGGCGGUGGAUUCCCCGGUCUCGGCUACGCCGAACGGACAAGGACCAAUCCGUCAUCAUCAACAACACCACCAACACCACCAACACCACCAACAACAACAACAAGGCCAGCAGAACGAGUCGCGGCAGGGCUUUGGUUUCUUCAAGAAGAACAACGUGACCAAGUCGGCUUCCGCCAAUAACCUGACCACGCCUACCGGCGCAUCCGACCCCGCCCCCGCCGAACCACCGUCGACUCUGUUCGGGUCCGAGCUCGUCGAGCGAGCCGACUACGAGCGACGCCAAAUUCCGAGCGUGGUGACGCGCUGCAUCGAGGAAGUCGAGCUGCGUGGCAUGGAUAUCGAGGGUAUCUACCGGAAGACAGGCGGCAAUUCCCUGGUCAAGAUGCUCCAGGAGGGUUUCGACAAGAACGAGGAUUUCGACAUAUCUGACCCCGAGUUGGACAUCACGGCUGUGACCAGCGUGUUGAAGCAGUACUUCCGGAGGCUUCCCACUCCCUUGCUGACGUUUGACGUCUACGACCGGGUUCUCGAGUCCAUUGCACUGGCCGAUGUGGAUGAUCGGUGCGACUUCUUACGCAAGACUUUCGACGAUAUGCCACAGCAGCAUAGCGACUGUCUUGAGUUCCUCAUGUUCCAUCUUGCUCGCGUAGCUAAACGAGAGCCUGAAAAUCUGAUGUCUCCUAAGAACCUCGCUGUGGUGUUUGCGCCGACCAUCAUGCGAGACAAUAGCCUCGAAAGAGAGAUGACGGACAUGCACGCCAAGAGUAUUGCGGUGCAGUUUGUCAUCGAGCACAGUGACACCAUCUUCACCGAUUAG